AUGGAGUGGCCUUUGUCAAUUUUACUUGCAAUAUCGGUCGUGAACCGAUUGAGCGGAGAAGGAAAAGAGGAAGGAAAUUUGAAGAGUGGAGAAUCUCUCGGUGCUGAGAGGUUCUAUGCAUCUGGCCCUUGGACCAAGCGUUUGAUCGAUACCAGGAACAACAGUAACUCCAGAGACGGGAAAGGAAUUUGCAUCCCGCCGCUUCGCGUCCCCCUCCCCUGGGGAACAGCGUAUCGUCCUCCUCAUGCACGAGCUCGUCUCUCUGCCUCCCUUGCUUCUCCUUGA